AAUCAGCGGUUCUAAUAGAAGCUAUGUAAACAAGGACAAAGUAACAAUCUCAAAGAUGAAAAAUCGUAUGUCGAACGCGUCGCAACAGUUCGUCGAAUUCUUUUCGCGAGUCGCCUGUUGGUUAUGGGAUACCCUCGAAAAGUUAUUGGACAUCAUUUUCGAUUUCCUGGCGAGGAUAAUCGAGCUGAUACUAGCGGUGAUGAACCUGAUUUUCCAGGUGAUCUGUUUCCUAAGGGACCUGUGCAUCGAGGCCAUGCAAACAUUCGCAAAUGUCUUUCGAGGGAUCGUCAACGUUGUUAGGAAUAUCAGCUGCGAGGAGAUAGAGGACUUCGCCUCCGCCUGCAUCGUUGUUCUGCUUUGGGUCGUGGCAUUCAAGAUUAUUAAAAGCUUGUUCCAAAAUUCUCGAAUAGCUGCGUUCCUUAACCCACGAAAUACAAGUUCAAAUAUAAACAACAAUAACAAGGUAGAGAGACUCGGGCCAACAGUUUGUCCGCCACAGAGAAGAGCAGGCAAAAGAUUGAAUCGACGAUAUGGAAAACGACCUCGAGCCGACUCCAAAGUGGAAUACGAUGAAUAG